AUGGAUGCCCGCGCUGAAUGUAUUUGUCUGUCGGCGCCGAAAUGGUACUGGAAAGUUUCAGGCUGUCCCGUGACUUAUGGAGACCUCGUCUGGGCGAAUGAGGAUGCCAAACAGAUGAUUGGACCUCUUGCCGAGAUUAUUCCUAUGAAAUCUAAAUCCCGCGCUCAAUUCUAUGAGGAACUAUCGACCACCUACGCUAAUAUCACUGGUAUCUACCGACAUAACACCUCGGCAGAUUUCAUUGGCAUUUUUGACAAGGAACUGAUCGAGAAACUACCUUCAUCUGUCAAAUGGAUCGCGCAUAAUGGCGCCGGAUAUGAUCAAAUUGAUGUCGCUGUCUGCAAAGCUCGCGGGAUAGGCGUAAGCAACACCCCCGGAGCAGUUGAUGACGGGACGGCAACGACUGCGCUGUAUCUCCUCAUCUCUGCCUGCCGCCAAUUCUCUAUCGCGGAACGUAACGUACGAGAAGGGAAAUGGAAGGGGGGGCUCGCACCGGCUCAUGAUCCGAGCGCAUUGACGCUUGGUAUCCUUGGUAUGGGUGGAAUCGGUGGACACUUUGCGAAAUUGGCGAGGGCAUUCCCUAUGAAACGGAUCUUGUACCACUCGCGAAACCCAGUGAAGGACGCACCUGAAUGGGCGGAGUACUAUCCGGACAAGGAGAAGAUGUUGGCGGAGAUUGACGUUCUCAGUGUCCACGUACCAUUAAACGAGAAGACCGUCCAUCUCGUAGAUGAAAAGGCUAUUCGUGCGAUGAAGAAGGGUUCCAUAAUCAUCAACACAGCUCGAGGAAAAGUCAUCGAUGAGGAGGCGCUCAUCCAUGCAAUUGAGGAUGGGCAUCUCUACGCUGCUGGUCUUGACGUCUAUCCGAACGAGCCUCAAGUAAAUCCCAAAUUGUUUACAUUCCGCAACGUUACUCUACUCCCUCAUAUGGGCACAGAGACACAGGAAUCGCAGCACGGUAUGGAGGUCCGAGCGCUUGGAAACUUGAAGGAUUUCCUCGAGGGUAGACCCGUGAAGGAUACCGUUUGGGAGCUGAGCACGAGUAAGAUGCCCUACACGGUCACGUCUGUGGUCUGGAUAGACGCUAUCUCGAUAUAUGUGGGCCAUGCCUCUUUAGAAGAUGUUGUUUCACUCCGACUACCUGAAAUUCCCACAACGAUGCAGAUCUUUGUAAAGACUUUGACUGGAAAGACCAUCACCCUCGAGGUGGAGUCUUCGGACACUAUUGACAACGUCAAGGCCAAAAUCCAAGACAAGGAAGGCAUUCCUCCUGACCAGCAGCGUCUCAUCUUUGCGGGCAAACAGCUCGAAGAUGGCCGCACUCUUUCCGACUAUAACAUCCAGAAAGAGUCCACUCUCCACCUUGUCCUCCGUCUUCGUGGAGGCAUGCAGAUCUUUGUCAAGACAUUGACUGGCAAGACCAUCACACUCGAAGUCGAGUCGUCUGACACCAUCGACAAUGUCAAGGCGAAGAUUCAAGACAAGGAAGGCAUCCCUCCUGACCAACAGCGUCUAAUUUUCGCCGGAAAGCAACUGGAAGACGGCCGUACUCUCUCUGACUAUAAUAUCCAGAAGGAAUCGACUCUUCAUCUUGUGUUGCGUCUGCGUGGUGGUAUGCAGAUCUUCGUUAAGACCUUGACGGGAAAGACGAUCACGCUCGAGGUUGAGUCUUCCGAUACUAUCGACAACGUCAAGGCAAAGAUUCAGGAUAAGGAAGGUAUUCCCCCUGAUCAACAGCGUCUCAUUUUUGCAGGCAAGCAACUGGAAGACGGCCGUACCCUUUCAGAUUACAAUAUCCAAAAGGAGUCGACACUUCACUUGGUGCUCCGUCUGCGUGGUGGAUGCUAG